AAAAUAAUGAUUGUGAAUUGGGGUAGAUAAUGUUGGGGUAAGGGGAAUGUGGUAAUUGGAGUAAAAAUGAUUGUGAAUUGGGGUAUAUAAUGUUGGCGUAAGGGGAAUGUGGUAAUUGGGGUUAAAAUAAUUGAUAAUGUGGUAAUUGGGGUGGAUAAUGUUGGGGUAAGGGGAAUGUGGUAAUUGGGGUAAAUGGGGGUAAUUGGGGUAGAAUAAUGUUUGUACAAGCAUUAUUUUUACCCCAAAAUAAUUGAUAAUGUGGUAAUUGGGGUAGAUAAUGUUGGGGUAAGGGGAAUGAGGUAAUUGGGGGAAUGUGGUAAUUGGGGUAAAAAUAAUGCUUGUAAUUGGGGUAAGAGGAAUGUGGUAAUUGGGAUAGAUAAUGUUGGGGUAAGGUAGAAUAGGGGUAGAAUGUUUGUAAUUGGGGGAAGAGGAAUGUAGUAAUUGUCCAGCAAACUUCUCCAAGCUUUUGACAGCUCCCAAGAUACGUUUUCGCUUCGUCUCGAAUCCUUCCACUUCCAGAACAUCCAUGAUGCACGUUUUGAACUGACAGACGUGGAGUUUGGACGGCGAGCAGGCAGCAGGGAGAGAAGAGGUAGAGAGGCCGAGAGACUGGAGCCUUCAGAUGGGUUUGUGGAGGAGGAGGAGAAGGAGACAGUGUAGUUUAGUCUUCAGUUUUCUUCAAGUAUAUCAUUGGGAGAGAAGGUCGGAUCAAGAAGGGUAUAGAGAGAGACACAGAGUGUCACCUGUGGCUGCCUUCCAGGGGAAUAGAAGGAGAUGUUGUAAUUGAGGGUCCAGCCAAGUCAAAUGUGGCAGAUGCCAAGAGAAGAGUGGAGAUUAUUGUGUGGACCAACAGAGAGAAGGAGAAACCCACACACUUCAUCAGCAUCCCUCUCACUGUGCCCCACAUCAGAGACAGAGUCUCGCUGUUCAAAUCUUCUGUACUGGACUCCUGCAGAAGAGAGAGAGGGAUUUGUGAAGAUGUGUUCCAGCUACCUGAGAAGUUCCACCUCACUGUCGGAGUCCUGCGGAUUUUCUCUGAAGAAGAAGAGUUUGCGUCCCUACCAUCAUACUGUUGUUCAUACUGUAUAUACACUUAUAUAGGAGAAGGAAAAGCAGUGAACAUCCAUGAUGCACGUUUUGAACUGACAGACGUGGAGUUUGGACGGCGAGCAGGCAGCAGGGAGAGAAGAGGUAGAGAGGCCGAGAGACUGGAGCCUUCAGAUGGAGAAGGUCGGAUCAAGAAGGGUAUAGAGAGAGACACAGAGUGUCACCUGUGGCUGCCUUCCAGGGGAAUAGAAGGAGAUGUUGUAAUUGAGGGUCCAGCCAAGUCAAAUGUGGCAGAUGCCAAGAGAAGAGUGGAGAUUAUUGUGUGGACCAACAGAGAGAAGGAGAAACCCACACACUUCAUCAGCAUCCCUCUCACUGUGCCCCACAUCAGAGACAGAGUCUCGCUGUUCAAAUCUUCUGUACUGGACUCCUGCAGAAGAGAGAGAGGGAUUUGUGAAGAUGUGUUCCAGCUACCUGAGAAGUUCCACCUCACUGUCGGAGUCCUGCGGAUUUUCUCUGAAGAAGAAGAGGAGAAGGCAAAAAGCAGUGGUGAAGGAAGCUAUUGCAAUGGCCAAGUUAACAAGAUUGAGAAUUUGUUGUGCUCAUAUUUCUAGUUUGUGUCAGCAGAGUUGUACUGGGCAGUGAGUCCUAGUAAUUGGGGUAAGAGGAAUGUAAGGUUAAUUGGGCAUCAAUACUUGGGGUAAAAAUAAUAAUUGUAAUUGGGUUAAGGUAGAAUGUUUGUAAUUGGGGUAAGAGGAAUGUGGUAAUUGGGGUAGAUAAUGUUGGCGUAAGGGGAAUGUGGUAUUUGGGGUUAAAAUAAUUGAUAAUAUGGUAAUUGGGGUAGAUAAUGUUGGAUGUUGGGGUAAGGGGAAUGUGGUAAUUGGGGUUAAAAUAAUUGAUAAUGUGGUAAUUGGGGUAAGGGGAAUGUGGUAAUUGGGGUUAAAAUAAUUGAUAAUGUGGUAAUUGGGGUAGAUAAUGUUGGGGUAAGGGGAAUGAGGUAAUUGGGGUAAAAAUAAUGCUUGUAAUUGGGGAUAAGAGGAAUGUGGUAAUUGGGAUAGAUAAUGAUUGUGAAUUGGGGUAGAUAAUGUUGGGGUAAGAGGAAUGUGGUAAUUGGGGUAGAAUAAUGUUUGUAAUUGGGGUAAGAGGAAUGUGGUAAUUGGGGUAAAAAUAAUGAUUGUGAAUUGGGGUAGAUAAUGUUGGGGUAAGGGGAAUGUGGUUAUUGGAGUAAAAAUGAUUGUGAAUUGGGGUAAGUAGUUGGGGUAGGGGAAUGUGGUAAUUGGGGUAAGAGGAAUGUGGUAAUUGGGGUAAUUGGGGUAGAAUAAUGUUUGUGAAUUGGGGUAGAAUAAUGUUUGUAAUUGGGGUAAGAGGAAUGUGGUAAUCGGGGUAAAAAUAAUGAUUGUGAAUUGGGGUAGAUAAUGUUGGGGUAAGGGAAUGUGGUAAUCGGGGUAAAAAUAAUGAUUGUGAAUUGGGGUAGAUAAUGUUGGGGUAAGAGGAAUGUGGUAAUCGGGGUAAAAAUAAUGAUUGUGAAUUGGGGUAGAUAAUGUUGGGGUAAGAGGAAUGUGGUAAUUGGGGUAGAAUAAUGUUUGUAAUUGGGGUAAGAGGAAUGUGGUAAUCGGGGUAAAAAUAAUGAUUGUGAAUUGGGGUAGAUAAUGUUGGGGUAAGGGGAAUGUGGUAAUUGGGGUAAAAAUGAUUGUGAAUUGGGGUAUAUAAUGUUGGGGUAAGAGGAAUGUGGUAAUCGGGGUAAAAAUAAUGAUUGUGAAUUGGGGUAGAUAAUGUUGGAGUGUCACCUGUGGCUGCCUUCCAGGGGAAUAGAAGGAGAUGUUGUAAUUGAGGGUCCAGCCAAGUCAAAUGUGGCAGAUGCCAAGAGAAGAGUGGAGAUUAUUGUGUGGACCAACAGAGAGAAGGAGAAACCCACACACUUCAUCAGCAUCCCUCUCACUGUGCCCCACAUCAGAGACAGAGUCUCGCUGUUCAAAUCUUCUGUACUGGA